AUGGCAAACCGUCCACGAGCUAUACCAAACUUGUUAAUUACAGGGACGCCGGGUGUUGGAAAGUCUUCCAUUAGUAAAAAGUUAUCGGAGAGGACAAACUUUACAUGGCGAGAGGUUUCGAAACUUGCUGAGGAACACAACUGUCUUGAUGAAUAUGAUCCUGAAUACCAGUGCCCAUUUUUGAAUGAAGAUAAGUUACUUGAUAUUAUGGAGGGCAUGAUGGCCAAGGGUGGCAACAUUGUAGACUACCAUGGAUGCGACUUCUUUCCAGAAAGAUGGUUUGAUGGUGUUUUCGUUAUCAGAACAAAUAAUACUACAUUAUAUGACCGAUUAACAGCAAGGGGAUACCAAGGGAAGAAAUUAGAAGAUAAUGUUCAAUGUGAAAUAUUUGAGACUCUUCUUGAAGAAGCACAAUCUUCCUAUAAACCUGAAAUAGUUCAAGAACUGCAAAAUGACACAGAAGCACAACUCCAAAGUAAUGUAGAUACUAUUGUAGAAUGGAUUGAAAGAUGGAAAGAAGAUAAUUUAUAA